ACUCCAAACUCACCCACUUCCUCUCUCUCUUCCUCACCGAUUCCAAUUUCCACCGAUUUGCAGGUGAUGGUUUAAUUUUCAGAUACAAAGCAAACAAAGAAGUAGAGCAACUGUGCCGAGCCCCAACCACAUGGCCCAACAACCUCCACCACUGCCACUACCACUACCACUACCACCUCCACCACCACCGCCGACCAAACCCACGUUCUCCUUCCCUGAGAGGCCGCCCAUAAGAGUAACCUCCGAGUUUGAUAGCGAUAGUUCCAUUUUCUUCCACAAGAUCUCUUGCAAGUUCCUCAACACCCUCGCCAAGCUCAAGUUCUCUUUCCAAAACGAUACUAAUGGUGAUAUAAUCCAACCUCAAGUCAGCUUCAUCUCCAAGCACCUCUCCAUCCACUACGAUGUCGAGGACCAGAAUGCCCUUCUCAAGGCCUCCCUCGAGGUUGGCCCCAGGUUGCAGCUCAGAGCUGCCCAUGAUGUCAAGGCACAACAAGGAGAGCUUUCGAUGGUUGCAAACCUUAAUGAUCCCGGCUAUGCAUUGGAAUUGUCAUCUCUAGUUCCAGUUGUUGCUAUGCCAAGAGCAACUCUUAAAUUUCCCCUCGGUGAAGUAUCGGUUGAGGAAAGAGAAGAUGAGGAAGUAAAGAGAACAUUGUCUAUAAAUGGGAUUCUAAAAAGCCAAAUUCUGAAUGGAGUCUGCACGGCUCAAUUCAGGGAUGAAGAUUUGAAACUAAGAUACUCCUACAAGGAUGAGGAAAUGUCAUUUAUCCCAAGCAUUUCAUUACCUUCAAAUGCAUUUUCAUUUGCAUUCAAGCGUCAGUUUGGCCCUUCAGACAAAUUGAGCUACUUUUACAAUUUUGAUUCCAACUUCUGGAGUGCGGUGUACAAGCACACAUAUGGCAAGGACUUCAAGUUUAAAGCUGGUUAUGAUUCAGAGGUGCGCCUUGGUUGGGCUUCUCUUUGGGUUGGAGAUGAAGGUGGUAAAUCAAAGACAGCUCCACUGAAGAUGAAAGUGCAAUUCAUGCUUCAGGUGCCGCAAGAUGACAUCAAAGCUUCGGCCUUAAUGUUUCGGGUCAAAAAGAGAUGGGACAUAUGACUCUCUUGUGGCCUCUUUCCCUUUCUUAUAUACGUUAGAUGUUGGAUCUGCAUGGUAAAUAAGUUUUGUUUUCCUUUCUGAUACAUUAGAUGUUCUUUUAUACUGUAGUGCAGUAUUGGCACACUGCCGUUGUAAUGAUGCUGGUUGCUACAUAAUGAACAUCGAUUGGUUGUUUCGUCUUCUAAAA